UCACAUAUACGAGGAGGUUGCGAGUAACUCAGAGCAGCUUUGGAAGGCGACUAGAUACCAUCUUGUGAUAGAAUACAGAGACAAACCAGUGUUUGCCCCUCCUUUGAUCGUCCUAGCAUUGUUUUGGCGGAUGGUUGUUAACAUAUGUAAUUGGGCGCAUGCGUUCAAAGAGAAAUCCCAAGAAGGACACACAGACAGUGAUAUAUUGAAGCAAUUUGAGGCUGAUUGUUUGUCCAACUACAUCAAACGCCACAGAGAUGAGGGCGAGCAAAAAACUGAUCAGAUGCUUAAAACUAUAUUAGACCUGCAACGAACCAUAGAAACAGAGCGUCGGGAACGCGCUGAAGAAGAAAAGCAACGUUACCAACGUGAAUUGCUGCUCCAGGAAAAAUCACCACCGCCAAACAGUGCAAACGUGAAAUCAAAGUCUAAGCCUCAGCUCAAAAAUUCAAACACGAUCGCCAACAAAGACCCUGACCCUCAGCUUCCUAAAGGACCUGGCAAAAACAGUGAUCGUGAUGAACAAAUAACAACUGGGAUUGUAGGGAAUCAGAUCUCUUGCAAUAUAAAUCCCCCGCUUACAUUGGUUGAUAACGCAGGCAAGAUGUCUAGCGGUGACGACACAGAUACAGAUGACGAUGACAACACUUCUCCGAAAAAGAGUCUAAUUUAGUCAAGCUGGCCUAAUUACCACGGUGGUCCAACUAUACAGGAAAACAAUCAUUAAUUUGAGUUUUAGACCUACCAGACGUUUGAAAAUCAAGGAUUGUGAGUAUCAUAGUGCCCUGUUUUUCUUCCAUUCAAAGCAA